CCCAUGCGUAUCGGAGUCUGCCCACAGCGAGCGAGAUCGCCGCCCGCCUUACAUUCCUCCAUUUCCUUUACUAAACAUCCCGAAUCAUCCGUCCGUUCCAAAAAGUGUUGAACUCCAAAAAUGUUUUUUAAUAUCGAACGACAUCUGAUUGUAAUCAUAUUAUGCGAAAUCACACUUACCGUACAUGCGAUAGUUAAAAGCAAUUCCGUUGAUAGUAUCAAGAAGUCUCUUGAGGAACAUCAAGGGCAUUUGUUGGUGAAUAGAAGUAAAACAAAUAGUGUGCCAUUGAAAAUCGCGAACGUGUCCCAAAUUGAAUAUGAUCCACCGAAGAAGAAAAAGAAAAAAAAAAUGCUCCGACCGAUUACGCUUCCAUUAAUUCAAGAUUGGGCCAAAGAUAUAUCAAACAUAUUACACCAAAACGAGAAUCUAACUGUGCGGCGUGAUAUACUACUAAAAGGAUUUUCUGAUAUAAAAAUCGAAGUUCGCAAUGGAACAGCUAUCGUCGAAAAGGCUGCUAAAGCUUUGGAGGAACUGUUGGAAAGACGAGGUCGCGCUGCAGAAGCGAUCAUGAGGAAGGCAGAGGAAUUGGCAGCUAAAAGAAAAAAUCCACCUUCUAACUAUGUCUUUACCAAAAGUAUUAAAAUAGACGAAUUGAAGGAACUGAAGCCAGAUGAGGACACGCCGGACGAGAAAGGGAAGGAAUGGGACAUGCCUCAGAAUUGUAGCAGCCGAAACAGAGUGGUUCUGGUGAAUAGCGCCCACUUUGAUGCGAAAGUAUCUUUAGAACAAACCAGCGUGCACGUUGCCGCAGAAGUGUUUGAAUGUGAUCCUCGUGUGAUUGGCCACAUAUAUUGGACCGAAGGGUUGAUGAGCACAUUCCGAGAUAACUAUGCCAAGGAUGCUACGUUGGACUUACAGUAUAUGUGCAGUGCCAAAGGUUUUUUACGCCAUUAUCCUGCUGCACUAUGGCAGAGCAUGUACAAGCUGAGUGUUGGAGGCGAGGAACUGUAUGACUGUAGACUUCGGCCAUGGUACGUGAGUGCGGGCGGCGCCCCACGAGACGUGCUGGUCCUCCUCGACGGCUCGGGUUCCAUGAACAGCUCCUCGAACCUGGUCGUCGCUGAGCAGUUCAUUCUGGCUCUUCUCAACGCCCUUACUGAUGACGACCAGGUCAACGUGCUGCGCUUCAAUGUUGAAGUAGAGUCUCCUAUCCCGUGCUUUAGUGAUAAACUUGUGCCGGCCAACCACGUGAACUCGGCGGCUAUGAUGGCCGUCCUGAGGUAUAAGAAACCGACCAAUGAGACGUGGAUGGCAGAGGUGCUGCAGUACUCCGUGCAGUUGUUACAGAAACAACGCGAAGCCACCACCAGGCCGCCUUCGUGUCAGCAAGCGCUCGUCAUACUCACGGACAGCCUCUACGCCAACUAUACUGAAUUGAUGCACCAUUUAGAUCCAGAGGGUACCAUAAGGCUGUUCGUACUGUGGCUCCACGAUCGCAAUGGCUUGCGCGACGACACGGACGUGUACGGCGACGCGGUGAGCUGCGAUCGAGACGGCUACUACGUCAAGCUGAUCACGCACGCCGACGUCACCGAGCAGGUCAUGAACAUCCUGCGAGUGAUGGAGCGGCCCCUGGUGGCGCAGCGCAAGCGCAGGCCGCGCGUCUACAGCGACGUGUAUGCCAAUGUUGAGGACCCGCGCCGAAGUGAUUAUUACUGGCAGCAGAAGGAAAACGCGGAACAAGUUUACCGCUACAGCGAGCUGAGGAAGAACAAGGACCAGUUCCUGGCCACCGCUCGCCAGUACGGAGACUAUCUGCAUAUGCGAAAACUGGAAAGAUAUGGCCAAUAUUACGAGAGUGAAGAUAUAAACUACAGGCUACAAGUCAGCGUUUCAGUUCCCGCCUUUGACAGCACCACUGUUGAAAACAUAACAAUAGUACUUAACGAGGAAAAACAAAGGAAUUCUACUAGAACGUAUCCUGUAAACCGACUUCUGGGCGUAGCGGGAGUUGACAUACCAAUCGACCAUCUCAAGCUGAUACUUCCCUAUUAUUUGGUCGGAGCAGGAGGAUCACUAUUUAUUGUGGAUCAUCGCGGUAAUAUUGUAACCCAUGAUAACUCCAAACCAGUCUUCGACGGCGAUAUCUUGAGGCCAGGAUACCGCACUGUCGAUUUCCUUGACGUAGAGCAGCCCGCCAAAGAUCAUUUGCCACGUAACUAUCCUCAGGAAUGGUUGGACUUUAGAAACAGUAUAGUAAUCAAUCAUACAAGCGGUCACAAGAUGAUGGAAGCUAAAAGUAUAUUCGAAGGGGGAAUGCGAAUACACUUAGAGAAAAGGGACUAUUUCUGGAAGCGCGUGAUGAAUCAUUACACAGUGGUGGCAUCUUUGCCGAAAUACAACACGAGGCAUGCAGUUCCUGAAGGAGCUUUCACGCAAAAGGUGGCUGAAGAGGCAUGGAAGGCUUUAAAUACUACUGAGUUUUCAGUGCACCCGGACUGGUUGUAUUGCCAACACGUGGAUCCCCACUUCGAACAUCGGCAGGACGAGGUGCUACAUUUCAUCGAGAGGCGGAAAAACGAAACUAAUUUCCCUAUGAGGAAAAUUACACAUCUGUUUUCACCGAUCAAGCCCACCGUGCGAGAGCAAACUUAUCAAUGUAAUGAAGAGUUGAUGGCGCGACUGAGCAAGGAGGCGGUGGCAACGUACCGCUGGAUGCAGAACGAAGACGCCGAAGAAACUUGUUCCGCCUGCCAGCUCGGCUCUGUUGUAGCAUUCUUUGCAAGCGAAAGUGGUCUCAUGCGGUGGCAGCUGUACAGCGCGACGAGCCGGCACGCGGAGCCGCCGGCACACAACUUGUGGUCGCGCGGGCCCGAGGAGCCGUGGUACAGACGCGCCGCUGCGGCGCCCGACAAGCUUGUGAUACACGUGCCCGUGGCGCCGAUACGCGUGCUGAGGAACAGCGACGCUUCUCCUCCGCCACUAGGAGACAAAUGGUAUUGGUUGACAGCAGCGCGCACCCUCUGGCACCCCAGCAAGGGCGUGGUGGGCGUGGCCGGCUAUCACUUCUACCCGGAGCACUUGCGCGACGUGCUCAAUAGCUACACUAACUUUCAUUGCCCAGAAGGAGAAGAGGACACGUGCGAACCACAUUGCGAUGGAAUAAUAUGGACGUGUCUCCUAAUUGACGACGGGGGCUGGAUAGUUUCAUCCAAUAGCCUUCUAGAAGAGGAGGCGGAGGCCGAGGAACCAAUCACGGAGCACCUAGCUAACGCACAUCCCGCGGUUAUGUCCGCGUUGCUCAACGCUAAUAUCUUCAAGCUGCGCUGGGUACACGACUAUCAAGCUGUUUGCUUUCCAGAUGCGAAGGAAGAGCUGAUAUCUGCAGCACCCCUACUACCCUCGAUUGUUCGAUCAGUGUGGAACUCUGUGCAGCUACUAAUACAUGUCAGCAGAAACGUUUUCACGCUUUUCACUAUAUUAACUUCAUGUACUCUCGUAAACAGUGAUACGGAAGCAGAAAAGGAGAAGCGUCGCAAGCACAUCAGGCGCGACUUCGAGCGUGAGAAGUAUGAACGCCUCUACGACCCGCGCGUGCUUGUCAACAGGACGCGGUUCGCGGCGUGCGACCGAUCGCGGGCGUUGUAUGAAUUUCAGCGUACUCCCAAAUCAAUGGAACUGCUGAGACGGACCCCGAGUCCGUGCAAGUGGCCGCUGAUAGGCACCGACGUGCCGGGGACCAACUUGCUGCUUCUGGCUGUUUACAACAACUGCACGAAUGUGGGGAAGCCGGUCAACAACCCGUUUUAUAAUCAACCGGUUACGAUAGACGACGGGGCUGAGGGGCGAGUGGCCUUAGCAGCCCGGCUGGCGUGCUGGCGUAACCGCGUACCGCUGCCGGCGCGCGCGCCGCACACCCCGUGCUAUCCGCACAACUACUCUAACGAAGCUGGAUACAGACAAUGUGGACCCUGGCUUCCAGACCCGGAAAAUAUAGCAAGCGAUAGUCAAGUUUCAAAACUGCUUAUAUUCAUCAUCCUCAUUAAAAUAUUGAUCAAUAGUACUCAAUAACUAAAAAAUAUUGUUAUUAAAUAGAAUACUUGAGUUAAUUAGAAAAAAAGAGAUCUGAUUUACAUACUU